AUGUCAUCCGCAUGGAGUCCCACUGCGGGUGAGAACCCUAAUCCUGGAGCCCACGAUGAGAUGAGUAACUGCAGCGAGGGCAAGGGCAAUAACUCUGGAGAUGAGCUAUCUGAUGCUGAAGGGGUGUGGAGCCCUGAUAUUGAGCAGAGCUUCCACGAGGCCCUGGCCAUAUAUCCGCCAUGUGGCAGGCGCAAAAUUAUCCUGUCUGACGAGGGGAAGAUGUAUGGUCGCAAUGAAUUGAUAGCACGUUACAUCAAGCUUCGGACGGGCAAAACACGGACUCGCAAACAGGUGUCUAGUCACAUACAGGUCCUGGCACGAAGGAAAGCCAAGGAGAUCCAAGCACAGCUGAAGGUUACAGUAAGUACAAAUCUUCAUGAUCAGGCAGCACGAGAUAAAGCUCUCCAGCAGAUGGCCUCCAUGUCUUCAGCCCAGAUUGUCUCAGCUUCGGCCAUUCAUAACAAGGCUCUCGCUGGCAGUUUAGGGGGCCUUCCUCCUGGAAUGCCUGGAGUUAUCAACUUUUAUUUCAGUGUAAAGCCAUUUUCUGCAAGCUAUGCCUUCGACUCCAAACUUCCGUCCAUUACUGGAGAGAUGGCGCCACCUCCUUGGCAAGGCCGGUCUAUUGCUGGGCCUAAGCUGAGACAGGUCGAAUUUUCGGCUUUCUUAGAGCAGCAAUCAGAUCCUGAUUCUUAUCACAAACACUUAUAUGUGCACAUAGGGUCUACAGCAACCUAUGGUGAUGCCCUUUUGGAGGCAAUUGAUAUUAGACAGAUCUAUGACAAGUUCCCAGAGAAGAAAGGCGGACUGAAGGAGCUCUAUGACAAGGGCCCCACGUCAGCAUUUUUUCUGGUCAAAUUUUGGGCUGACAUCAACACAAAUGUGCAGGAUGAAGGUGGCGCUUUCUACGGAGUCACGAGCCAAUAUGAAAACAGUGAGAACCUGGUGAUACAAGUGUCGACAAAAGUGUGCUCCUUCGGAAAACAAGUGGUGGAGAAAGUUGAGACAGAGUAUGCCAGAGUUGAGAACGGCCGCUGUAUCUACCGCAUCCACCGGUCCCCCAUGUGUGAGUACAUGAUCAACUUCAUUCACAAACUCAAGCACUUACCAGAGAAGUAUAUGAUGAAUAGUGUUCUGGAGAACUUUACCAUUUUACAGGUGGUGACAAACCGGGACACACAAGAAACUCUUCUCUGUAUUGCAUUUGUGUUUGAAGUCUCGACCAGUGAGCACGGCGCACAACAUCACAUUUAUAGACUGGUCAAAGAUUGA